CGGUACUCUAGGAGCUAAUAUCAGCUGAUAUCAAAUCAAAAAGGAUAUAUUUUUGUGUUUAUAUAGUGACUCAGAGUGAGUGACCCUAAUAGAUUUUGGUGUACGUGAACAUUUGCAGGCAGGAGUAUACUUCCUCCAGACUUUAACUCACCACAACACUUAAGGAGGAAUUCACAACCGGGAAAAAUGUCUAAUUACCAGUCCUAGCCCAAACUAAGGACAAGAAGAGGUCGACAGAUAUAACAGACAAAAAGACAUAACACAGCAGGUUUUGCAGUGUUGAAUUUGAUGUAGAUUGAAUUUGGGUCUUGAAUGAACUAUAGGUAACAAAUCCCAGUUGACUCGUGCUUUCGAACAACGACGACACUGUGUAUCGACAGCACAGCGGCAUUUUUUUCAUUGAAGUGGUUCGUCAUGCAGAUGUGCUGGGCGUUGAGCAGUAGGCUGGCAGGGUGACACGGUGACGCAACCGCGGGCGAGGAAAGCCCAUAAAAAUCGUGGGGGAGCGCUGGGGUUGCUCCAGUGUCCCUGCGGAGCGGGAACGUAAACAAACGAGAUGAUCUGGACCAUCUUUCUGCUUGCCCAAGCUUUCCUGCUUUAUUUCAUUCUCACACACAGAUCGAGAUCCAAGAGUGAGCCGCCUCUAGACAGAGGAUUUAUCCCAUGGUUAGGACAUGCACUUGAAUUUGGAAAAGAUGCUUCCAAGUUCUUGAACCGCAUGAAGCAGAAACAUGGCAACAUUUUCACAGUGCGUGCUGCUGGACGUUAUGUGACGGUGCUGCUGGAUCCACACUCAUACGAUGCAGUCAUCAAUGACUCUGAUUCCCUGGACUUCACACGCUACGCACAGGUGCUCAUGGAGAGGAUCUUCAACCUGCGGCUCCCACAUCACCAGCCGACUAAAGUGAAAGCCAUGAUGAAAAAGCACUUCAUUGGAAUGAAUUUGGCUGCUCUUAACAGCAACAUGAGCAGACACCUGCAGGCAUUACUGAAAGCUGAGAUGCCUCAGAACCAGAAAGACUGGAAAGAGGAGGGACUGUUUGACUUCUCUUACAGCUUACUCUUUAAGGCAGGGUACCUGACACUGUUUGGAGCGGAACAGAACAACAACAGCUCAGAUCCCUCAAGUGUCUAUAAGGAGUACAGGAAGUUUGAUGGUCUCUUAACCAAAAUGGCAAGGGGUACACUAAAGCCAGAGGAGAAGAGGACAGCCCAGAGUGUUCAACAGAGAUUGCGGGAACUUUUGGCUCCGGCAGGUGUGACUGAAUACUCAGGGUCGAGCCCUUGGCUUCACAGCUACAGGCUCCUCCUACAGGAGGAGGGCAGUGAUGAGGACACGCAGAAGAAGGCUGUACUAAUGCAACUCUGGGCCACGCAGGGUAAUGUUGGUCCCGCUGCAUUUUGGCUAUUGGGCUACUUGUUGACGAAUCCUGAAGCUCUGAGGGCAGUGAAGAGGGAGUUCAACCGGAUCUCACAGAUGGAGACCUCAGACACUCCUCUCCUGGACAGGCCUGUGAACACCCCUGUGUUUGAUAGUGCUUUGGAGGAGACACUGCGACUUACUGCUGCCCCCUUCAUCACCAGAGAGGUGGUGCAGGAAAAGACCCUCCACAUGGCUGAUGGCCAAGAGUACCUGCUAAGAAAAGGAGACAGGGUGUGUUUGUUCCCCUUCAACAGCCCUCAAAUGGACCCUGAGAUUUACCAGGAGCCACAGAAGUACAAGUAUGAUCGCUUCCUGAAUGAAGAUGGAUCAGGGAAGACGGAUUUUUAUAAAGGAGGGAGGCAGCUGAAAUAUUACACCAUGCCAUGGGGCGCAGGGACCAAUGGCUGUGUGGGAAAGCAGUUUGCCAUCAAUACCAUUAGACAGUUUGUUUACAUGGUGCUGACUAACUACGAUUUGGAGCUGUGUGACCCCAAUUCUCAGAUGCCGGACGUAAAUGCCAGUCGUUAUGGCUUUGGGAUGCUACAACCGGAGGGGGACUUGCUUGUCCGAUAUAAACCGAGGAAUACACACUAGGACUUUAAAAAACAAGCAAAACACGUAUCUUCCAUGUACAUUUCAAUACAUGCACAUUGUUGUCAAUAUUCCCUUUGUAUUUUUAUAUUC